GCAACGUGUAGACAUAAUGUGUCAGUCCGUAGGCACCUUCCUGUGUGUGUCAUGGAUCUUGUGUACUCUUGCUGCUGUUUAUGGUGGCAUCGCUGACGAUCCUGUAUUACUGUCAUGCUUUCAAGAGGCUGUUAAUGAUGUUGAUCUUGCUAUACAUAAAAGCGUUGAAGCUAUUAAGAAAAACCCAAAACCCAAAAGUCCUGCCCAAUUAUUGAGGUUAUUCAGAUUUCCAUCAGUGGCAACAGUAAAAGCAACCACCUGUGAGGAAGUCUUUGAAACAUCACUUGAGAUUAUAAAAGACCAUAUGCAGGGUCCAGAAGUAACCCCGGAUGUAGUUGAAAUGCUGCUAAACAUGUCAGGUUGUCAGAAGUCCCCAGUGACAUGUCAGGACAUGUGUUUCCAUUCCAAAUACCGUACCAUCAAUGGCACCUGCAAUAAUUUUAAAAUCCCAACACAAGGCGACAAGGCUGACAAUUUGAGAGCUUUUGAUGGUAAAGGGGGCCUGAGAGUUGGAGAUAAUGAGGCAGCAACUGGACGACCACUGCUGCCUUUUGACCCUAAUUCUCCAAUGGCAUGUCUGAGUGACGAUAGCAUGAAUGAAGUGCCAUGCUUUCUCGCUGGUGAUGUUCGAACCAAUGAACAGAUUGGUCUUGCUUCUAUGCACACCCUCUUUCUGCGUGAACACAAUCGCAUCAGUAAUAUCUUAUCACAGAUCAAUCCACACUGGGACGAUGAACAACUAUAUCAGGAAGCACGUAAAAUCGUGGGUGCUACAUUACAGCAUAUUACAUAUGAUCACUAUUUGCCAAAAAUUCUCGGUAACGUUGGUAUGGGUACUAUAGGUCCAUACAAAGGGUAUGAUGCACGCACAAAUGCUGCUGUAACUAAUGUGUUUUCCACGGCAGCAUUUAGAUUUGGUCAUGGUACAGUGAAACCAAUUCUUACCAGAAUCGAUGCAAAUUUCACAGAAAUCCCAGAUGGUCAUCUUCUACUUCAUCUAGCUUUUUUUCAACCUUGGAGAAUCGUUGAACAAGGUGGUAUAGACCCAAUUAUCAGAGGAUCUUUUGCCACAGCUGCCAAGGACCUCCAUCCUGGCGAAAUGAUGACAGAUGAGAUGACUGAACGCUUAUUUGCACUUUCCAACACAAUUGCAUUGGAUCUGAUGUCCAUUAAUAUUCAAAGAGGUCGUGACCAUGCCUUACCUGGCUAUACAGAAUGGGUUGAAAUGUGCAAACAUGGUCGUAGAUUCCGAACAUUUCAGCAACUGAAGCGUUUCAUAUCCAACGAAGAUGUGCUUUCGAAACUAGAAAGUCUUUAUGGUCAUGUAAAUAAUAUAGAUCUUUACAUUGGAGCCUUGGCAGAGGACCCGGUAGAGGGCAGUGUGGUGGGUCCCACCUUCAACUGUAUAUUGUCUAAACAAUUCAAGAAUACAAGAGAUGGUGAUAGAUUUUGGUAUGAGAAACGUGACUACUUUUCUCGUGUACAGCUAGCUGAGAUAAAGAAAGCUUCACUUGCCCGUGUAAUCUGUGAUAAUACAGACAUAGAUCAAGUUCAGCGUGACGUCUUUUUAAUCCCAGAUGUUAGUGGUGGAUUAGUUACGUGUAAUUACAUUGAGGGUAUCGAUCUAUCAGCAUGGACCCAUCAACAAGCUUCAGACAACACGGCGCCUUCUAUUCAAUGUCCUGAUGACAUAAUUAUUGAUGCAAGAUCUCCCAUGACCAGGGUAUCAUGGCCAGAUCCCGUUGCAAGUGAUGAUUCCAGUUCUGGCUUACACAUCAGCUGCACGCCCGACAGUAGAUCACGUUUCCCGGCAGGAGUGACAAUAGUGACGUGCACAGCCACUGACGUUACGGGAAAUUGUGCAUCUUGCAGUUUCUCUGUAAAUGUACAAU